AUGGAAGAAAACUAGAAAUAAAAAUACAUAGAUUUUGCUGUAAAAAUAAGCGUAAGUUGUAUCGAAAAAUGCUCUUAGGAAGUUUUCAGGGAUUGGUGUUUAAGUUUAUCGCUUGCAAACUAGAAUAAUUCAUAUUUUUUAAUCGAAAAAUAUUUCUCUAAAUUACUUGUAUAAGUAUAGAAAAUAAAUGGAUUGGGAAAAAGGUUUCGUUAUCAUAAAUUAUUGAAAAUAUUCUUAUAAUAUAAUUAAACUUGGAGUAGAAAAUAUGCCUUAGAAGGGUUAGAUAUGCUUAUAAAUACAGAAAUAUAAGAUAUUAAAGAAUGUGAUGAAAAUAUAGACCUUUUUGCGGAAAUUUUAUGCUCAUGUAUAAUUGUAAGAAUGAAUAUUAAAAAAAUUAAAGACGAAAAUAUUAUUAUUGGGGGAAUUUAAUAGUAUAUAGAUAAUAAUUAAAUUAUACUCUAAGAUUAAAACUCAGGAUUUGAAAAUAAUCAAAAAAUCAUUAUGUAUAUAGAGUAGAUUUUUAGUAAACUAUAAAAUGCUAAAGAUGAAAGUACUAAAAAAUUAUAUUCUCAUAUGACUUUUAGAAUGUUAGAUAGUCUCUCAGUAAAGAAAUAAAAUGAUCUUUUUUGGUCUUAUUUUAGACCUUUAUUUAUAUAUAUUUUAGAUAAUAAACCUGAUAAUGUAAAUGAAAUAGAAAUUUUAAAAGUAAUGUCUUAAAAUGAAUAUCCUAAAAAUAUAAGAAAAGAUAUAGUAGGAAUUUUAGGGGAGAAAUUUUAAAGUGAGAAUUGGGUUUCGAGAUAAAAAGUACUUAUUUUUGCCAAGAAUUUCUUUUAUUUUGAAGAAUAUUAAGAAAACUUAGUGGAUGUUAAUGUGCUUUUAAAAAAUGCACUUUUGGAUAAAAAUCAUUCAGUGUCGUUACUUGCGAUUGAUUGUUUGAGUGAUAUUUUAAAAAUUGCAACUGAAGAAGAAUAAAAUAACAUUUUUUAAAAAUUUAAACUUAUGGCUUAGAUUGUAUUGUCGAAAGAUAAACAUUCGGAUGAAUAUAAAAAAUCUUACCAUAUUAAACUAAUUGGGAUUUAAGUUUUAAUGGCAUUACUUUUGGCAUUUUAAGAUUAGAUUUAUGGAUGGACUGAGGAGGCUUUGAAGGAGAUUAUUCAUUCGAAAAAUGCUAAUGCGGUUUUAAAGAAAAAGUUAAAGAAUUCAUCUCUUAGUAUUAGAAAGAUAGAAUUGAUAUUAUUAAGUUUAAUAAUUUAGAACUUUCAGAUAAAAUAAAAAAGUAAAUUAUAGAAAUUGCCAAUAGUUUUAAUUAUUUUGCAUGAAUAUUUUUUUUUUAUUUAAAUAUAAAAAUUAAAAUUGAUUCAAGUUAUAUAUUUUUAUAUAUUAUAUAUAUAUACAUUAAAUAUUAUAUUUUUUUAUUUUUUUUAUAUGUGA